AUGGCCAGCUCCAUCUCUGAUGAUGAUGAUGAUCUCGUGAACCCCUUCGCUCCCCGCUCCAUAGCCAUCUCGACGACCAUGGCGCAGCUCAUCAACAUCCACUCUCACGUCCCGGUGACUCUGGAUCUCGACGACUCCAAGUUCGGCACCUGGCGCACCUACUUCAACAUCGCCUUCCGCAAGUUCGGCUUGGUCGACCACGUCGAUGGCACCACCGACGCCCGCCUCAUGCGUGCCAAUGCCGAGUGGUCGCAGAUCGACUUCCUCGACAACGUCCUCCAGCACACUGUCCAGGUGCGCCAGGAGUUCCACGCCCUUUCCCAGGGUGAUCUGCCGGUGGCUGCCUACUGCGGCGAACUCAAGGUCCUCGCUGACAAACUGCGCGGUCUCGGAUCGCCCAUGCCCGACCAUGACCUCGUCGUCGGCCUCCCCAAUGGUCUGAACGACAAGUUCGCCCACUGCGUUUCAACCAUCUCCGCUUCCCGGCCGCCGAUGACCUUUCGCCAGGCGCAGUCUUUCCUCCUCCAGGAGGAGACCUACAUCACCAACCGGGUGAAGAAGGCGGCGUCCACCGCUCUCCUCGCUACAGCGCGAUCUGCUGGCGUCUCCACCAACGCCCCGUCACCGGAUCCUCCGCUGCGUCCCCAGCCAACCCCACCACCGGUUCUUCCGAUCGCCCUCGGAAGCAGGUGCGGAUCUAAGGGGGGUUGA